AUGAUAUACCUAAUAUUUCAUAAAAAGCAUCAGAAAAAGGAUGAAUUAGUAAUAAUUGAUUAUAAUGAAAAUGAAAUAGAUUGUAGGCAGAUCAAUGAUUUGAUUGAAGAUGAUAAUUGUGAAUUAAGCGAUAUUAAUGGUUCAAAUGAUGAUAAACAUUUAGCAAUAGGAUACAGACAUGAACAAGAAUUUGGUAUUUAUAUAUAUAGAUAUCUUAAUUCAGUCUGGGUACGUAUAGAAAAGGUUAAAUUAAAUGAAUGUGAUGUUAAUUCAUACUUUACUCCAAGAAUUUGUUGGAUAAAUCAAUUAGAUCUUUAUUCAGUUAUCGAUUUUAAAUCUGGUGAUAUGAUAAUGAUAAAUUGUAAAGGUGAAUUAAAUGGAAAACGUUCAUAUAUAUGUACAGAUAAAGAAGAACUGAAGCCGAUUAAUAUAUGUUCACCAAAGAAUAAAAAUUGGUUAGCUAUAUGCUACGAAACAUUGAUUAGUAUUCAUACAAUUAUUGAUUAA